AUGCGCCGUCCGGAUUCGACUCAAAAGCAGGAUUUCUCGGCGCUGGCCGUCGAGCUGGUCGAGGUCCCUGUUAAAAAAGGCGCGAUUGACCUCAACAAGGAGCUUCCUAAUCCUCAUCUUGAUCUACCGAUAUCCGCUUACCACCUCCUCCCUGACGAGAAAGAUUCUGUGGCAAGUCCUCUUUCCGAAGAAGAUGCCAUAUACGCCCAUCUGCCUCACGAUGAAAAGCAAAUACUGAAGAGCCAGCUGGAUCAGCUCAACCCAACCGUUUCCUUAUUUGGUCUUUAUAAGUUCGCAUCCCGCCGCGAUUUGAUAAUUGUGGCCAUCAGCGCCAUAUGCGCGAUUGCGGCCGGCAUUGCACAACCUUUAUUUGCAAUCAUUUUUGGUUCGAUGAGCUCAGACUUUGCGAAAGUUUCGAUUGGCGCGAUGGAAAAGGAGGCUUUUAUGCAAGAACUCAACCAUAAGGUUGUAUACUACCUGUAUCUGGGAAUCGGCGAGUUUUUUACUGUGUACAUCAGUAUGGUCGGCUUUAUGCAUACAGGCGAGCAUGUUACCCAGCAGAUACGGGAGAAGUACCUUGAGGCUAUCCUGCGCCAGAACAUUGGCUACUUUGAUAAACAGGGUGCCGGUGAGAUCACCACCCGAAUCACAGGCGACACCAACCUGAUACAGGAGGGAAUAUCCGAAAAGGUUGGCCUUACUCUGACCGCCAUAUCAACCUUUGUUACUGCUUUCAUUGUCGCCUACUGCAAGUACGCCAAAUUGGCCGGUGUCUGUACCUCCACCGUGGUCGCUAUGGUGCUGCUAGGCUCGAUUGGAUCGCGCUUUAUCGUCAAGUACAGUGAACUCUCUCUGCAAAGCUAUGGUGCUGGUGGCACUGUCGCUGAAGAAGUUAUCAGCUCAAUCCGCAAUGCCACCGCAUUUGGCACGCAGGAUAAGCUCGCCCGACAAUAUGAGACCCAUCUGAAGAUGGCUGAACGAUGGGGAACGCGGAUGCAGAUGGCAACGGGCUUGCUCGUCGCAUCUUUGUUUUCCAUCAUGUUCUUGAACUAUGGACUGGGAUUUUGGAUGGGAUCUCGAUACCUAGUCAAGGGUGAAAUUGACGUCGGAGCCGUUCUUACUAUUCUGAUGGCCAUUCUCACAGGCUCUUUCAGCCUAGGGAACAUCAGCCCUAACGCUCAGGCAUUUACCAAUGCCGUGGCUGCUGGUACAAAGAUCUUUGGUGCGAUCGAGCGUAAUUCUCCUCUUAACCCGAGCUCUGAUGAGGGAAUGUGUCUUCCUUCCAUCAAUGGCGAUAUCCGCUUUGAGAACGUCAAGCAUAUCUAUCCCUCACGUCCUGAUGUGACUAUCAUGAAGAACAUGAACUUGACAUGCCCUGCGGGUACUGUCACAGCUCUGGUUGGGCCUUCGGGUUCUGGCAAGUCUACCGCCGUGGGGCUAAUUGAGCGAUUCUACCUUCCUGUUAGCGGAACAGUAUCCCUUGAUGGUCAUGAUCUUGGAACGCUUAACCUACGAUGGUUGCGUCAGCAGAUUGCUCUAGUGAGCCAAGAGCCCACUCUCUUUCGAGCGAGCAUUAGUCAAAACAUUCGUUACGGUCUGAUUGGAACUCGACACGAAUACAAGCCCGAAUGGAGGAUCCGGGAGCUGAUUGAGAAUGCUGCCAGGAUGGCCAAUGCCCAUGACUUCAUCACUGCUCUUCCUGAGGGAUACGAAACCAAUGUUGGCCAAAGUGGUCUUCUACUAUCUGGAGGACAGAAGCAGCGUAUUGCGAUUGCUCGAGCCGUCGUAUCAAACCCCAAGAUUCUUUUGUUGGAUGAGGCUACCUCUGCCCUUGAUACGAAGUCUGAGGGUGUGGUCCAAGCUGCUCUUGAUAAGGCUGCCGAGGGGCGCACUACUAUCGUCAUUGCCCACCGACUAUCUACCAUCAAGAAUGCCGACAACAUUGUUGUGUUCGUCAAGGGCGAGAUUCAAGAACAAGGCACGCAUGACGAGUUGCUUGAAAAGAAGGGUCACUACCACUCUUUGGUGGCAGCCCAACAUAUCGCGGAGACCAAGAAGGAUGAAGAUGAAUUAGAUCCUGAUAUGUUGAUUGAACAGUCUGUCGCUUCCAAUCGCAUCAAAACGAUGUGGCGUGCGUCGACUGCUGACCCGAAUUCUAUGUUCCGUCGUGGGUCUGUAGCUCGCCAUGGCUCUGUAAUGCGGCAGGGCUCCAUUGUUCGCCGUAGCUCUGUGAUCCGCCAAGGCUCCGUUGUUCGUCAUAGUUCUGUGAUUCGUCAGGGCUCCGUUGUUCACCACGAACAUCUGGAUCGCCAUCGCUCUAUGGCCCGCCGCGAGUCUAUAGCUCAUCCUUGCUCGGCAUUACGCCCUCAUUCAAUGUUUUAUCCUGCCAUGCGUGGCUCCUGGAACCGUGGCUCGUUGAUACGCCCGCCUACUUUCUAUCCUGACAGAAAUCAACGUGCUACUAUGUUGCUCCGCCCCGAAGAUCGUGCUGCCCUCGGCAUGUUCUCCCAGGAUAUCUCGAACACAAUGGACUCCAUAAAAGCAGUCAAUCCAACUGAAUACCUCCGGCAUAGCUACAUUGGUAUGGAGGAGGCCGGUGGAGAUGACUGCAAUUCAAGUUUCAUUCUUGCGGAAGAGGAACCUCAGGAGCCACAGCAGUACUCCCUUUUCUCGCUUGUCAAGUUCACUUUUGAAUUCAAUGCGGGCGAAUGGAAGGUCUUGGCGGUGGGGUUUGUCUUUGCGAUGCUUGCCGGCUGUGGUCAACCCAUCCAAGCUUUCUUGUAUUCUCAGGCAAUUGGUGCUAUCUCCCUCCCGCCGAGUGAAUACAAGGAACUUCGCUCCGAUGUUAACUUCUGGUCUUUGAUGUUCUUUGUGACUGGAGUCACUCAGUUCUUUACCUCAGGAGCGAUGGGUAUUUCGUUUGCAUACUGCUCCGAACGCUUGAUUUGUAACGCUCGGAGCAAGGCUUUCCGUGCCAUCCUGCGCCAGGACAUGAAUUUUUUCGACCGUGAGGAGAAUAGUGUCGGUGCACUGACUUCCUUCCUUUCGACUCAAACAAAGUCUCUCGCUGGUAUUAGUGGUCAGACUCUAGGGACUAUCCUAUCAUGCAGCACCACUUUGGUUGUCAGUGUAAUCAUUGGUCUUGCCUUCAGCUGGCAGCUGGCUCUAGUCAUUAUGUGUGGUGUCCCUAUUCUCCUGGCAUGUGGCUACUAUCGGUUCGAGAUGCUUGCCAGGUUUCAGAGUCGCUCCAAGGACGCAUAUGCUCAGUCUGCUGCUUAUGCCUGCGAAGCUACUAGUGCUAUUCGAACUGUGGCUGCUCUCACCCGUGAGGAUGACGUAGCAAGGCACUUCCACUUGCAACUAGAGGCUCAGACCCAUAGCAGUCUUCUUGCGGUUGCCAAGUCUUCAACCCUCUAUGCUGCAUCCAUGGCCAUGGUGUUCUUCUGUGUUGCCCUUGGUUUCUGGUGGGGUGGAACUCUUGUAUCCCGCGGCGAUCUCAGCCUUCUUGGAUUUUUCGUCUGUUUUACCGAGAUUCUGUUCGGUGCUCAGUCGGCAGGUACCGUGUUUUCAUUCUCCCCCGAUAUGGGCAAGGCCAAGAACGCAGCCAUCCAGACCCGUAUUUUGCUAGAGCGUGAGCCUCCUAUCGACACAUGGUCUGAGGAGGGCGAGCGUGUCUGGAAGAUGGAGGGCGAGGUUGAAUUUCGUGAUGUUCAUUUCAGCUAUCCCACUCGCCCGGACCAGCCUGUCCUGCGCGGGCUGGACUUGACCGUCAAACCCGGUCAGUAUGUCGCACUGGUUGGACCAUCUGGGUGUGGGAAGAGUACAACCGUUUCCUUAUUGGAGCGCUUCUAUGACUGCGUGGAUGGCGGUGUCUACGUUGAUGGCCGCAACAUCGCUGACCUCAAUGUUAAAUCUUACCGAGAGCACCUUGCCCUGGUCAGCCAGGAGCCUACCCUAUAUCAGGGUACCAUAAAAGAGAAUAUCAUGUUGGGUGUCGAGCGACGCCACGCUACCGACGCCGAUGUCGAGAAGGCCUGCCGUGAUGCUAACAUCUACGACUUCAUCACAUCUCUGCCUGAUGGUUUCAACACCAUAGUUGGUAACAAAGGUGGCAUGCUCUCUGGUGGACAGAAGCAGCGCGUGGCCAUUGCUCGGGCUCUCUUGCGUCGCCCCAAGAUCCUGUUGCUUGACGAGGCUACAUCUGCUCUUGAUUCCGAAUCCGAGAAGAUUGUGCAGACUGCUCUAGAUGCCGCUGCCAAGGGUCGCACCACCAUCGCCGUGGCUCACCGAUUGAGCACCAUCCGGAAUGCCGACAUUAUCUACGUGUUCGAAGAUGGCAAAGUAGCUGAGGCUGGAAACCAUAUUGAAUUGAUGAGAAAAAGGGGCCGCUACUACGAGCUUGUCAAUCUUCAGAGUCUUGAAAGGACUGCUUAAUCGGCCCGAGUUGGCCAACUUAUUUUUAUGACAUUUGGCAUGACUGACGCCCCACGGUUUUGAAUCAUGACGCAUGAUACGUGAUAGCC